AUGGAAAGUUGUGCGAAGCUCACUGACCAGAUAACCAUCCUUGGCCGCGAGUACCAAUCCCGUCACAAGGGGCUUCGACAGUCCGCCUCUGCUUCCCUGAACGCCACAGACCAUGUGAUGGAGGAUUUGCGCCAGGAGUUCCUCUCCAAGGACCGCACCACACUCCCUUGCGGGGCCGCUGAGAUGCGCGAUGUGGACAAGUCGCAGGAGCAGGUCAUGGUCAGUCUAUUGAUUCAUCAAGAUCAGACUUGCAAGCUGGCGCCGCCGGGUUUCCCGCGCGGCGCGCUGGUCAACGACUUGCGCGCCAGUGGAGAUGGGCCCCGCUCCUACUUCUCCCCCACCGCCGAGGCGUCGAAGAUCAUGGUCCGCGCGUUUGACAUGAGUCAGAAACGAUCGUUUCAUUUCGAGCCAGCGCUUGCGGCAUCUUCUUUCUUGGACAGUUUCAGUCGCACCGCUGGCCCCCGGGCGCGCCCCGACCUGCUCCAGCCCAUUGUAAAGUUGUUCCUGAUGCUCCGACGCGAUCUUGAUCUCCAGGGUCGCCAGCGCGACUUCCCCCUGGGCAG